GCGCCGGCCGGGCCGCGCGGUCUGAGGCGCCAUGGGCUCGGGGUCGGGGGCGGCGCUGCGCGUGCUGGCGGACAUGGACGGGGUGCUGGCGGACUUCGAGGCCGGCGUGCUGCGGGCCUUCCUGGCGCGCUUCCCCGGCGAGCCCCGCGUGGAGCUGGCGCAGCGCAGGGGCUUCUCGGUGCGGGAGCAGUACCGCGGCCUGCGGGAGGACCUGGCGGCCAAGAUAGUCAGUGUGUAUGAGUCACCUGGCUUCUUUCUUGGACUGGACCCAAUACCAGGAGCCAUUGAAGCCAUGAAGGAGAUGAUCCAAAUGAAGGACACCGAAGUCUUCAUUUGCACAAGUCCCCUCCAGAAGUAUGAUCCCUGCAUCCCUGAGAAGUACAAGUGGGUGGAGAAGCAUUUGGGACCUGAGUUUGUGGAUCGACUGAUUUUGACCAGGGAUAAGACCAUUGUAUCAGCCGACCUGCUGUUUGAUGACAAGGACACCAUUCAAGGUGUGGAGCCUAAUCCGAGCUGGGAACACAUCCUGUUCACUUGCUGCCAUAACAAGCACUUGGAGCUUAAGCCACCACAUAGGCGGCUGCAGUCAUGGGCUGAUGACUGGAGAGCAAUAUUGGAAAGCAAACGCAGGAAGUAAUGGAAAAGGGAAACAGUGCUGUUCACAUCGCAGAUGGAAACAGCUGGGAUGUGAACUGGCAUUCAAGUCCCUUUUGAGGGAAUCACUUUGACAUAGCUCAGGCAGCACCAAGGGCUGACAAUACUAAAUAGGGAAUGACUCCCAAACUUUGAGUCAUCACAGAUGUGCAUCUCCUUCAAACUUUCUGGAACAGUUGCCCUAUUAAAUUAUUUCACCUUG